ACAAGAUUAUUAAAAAAGAAAAUUCCAAUUCUGCGAUUUUUUCAUCAGAACUGUUGGGUGGGCACCCUGCACCACACUCUGCGACAGGGUCGCCCGGACGUCAACAGCUGUCAACACCAGCCAGCGAGCGGAAGCGAGCUUGGCUGUCAUUACUCGCCCGACAGCCGACAGCUACACCACGCGGAAAUAUUUUAAUUUGUAGUUUUACCGUAAUAAAAGUAAUUAGUUUGUUGUAUAGUACCACCUCGCGUUUCACUAUUACAACAAGUGGCGACGGGUCUGUGGAGUUUGUCGGUUUGUCAAUUUUUUCGGCGAAAAUCGCACAAUCGUUGUUGCCGUGCUUCCACGUGGACGUUCCUUCCGUGGCCCGCAGCGAUGUCCAACCCACCGGGAAUCAACAAAUCCGGAAGCGCUGGAUCCAGUCAAGCGAGCGGGGAACAACCGUUCAAGGACACCAUCAUCCAGCUGCUCGCCAAUCAACACGCGCUGAUGGAGGAGCUCACCGAACAGGUGAAGAACCUGCAGGCGGCGCCCCGGAACGAGCUGGUGCUGGACUCCCUGGCCACGAACAUCACGGAGUUCGUCUACGACGCGGACAAGGGCUGCACGUUCGACACCUGGUACGGACGGUACGCAGAUUUGUUCGACGCCGACGCGUCGUCGCUCGAUGACGCUGCGAAAGUCCGGCUGCUUCUGCGGAAGUUGUCCCCGGCCGCGCACGACCGGUACACGUCGUUCAUCCUCCCGAAGGUUCCAAAGGACUUCAAGUUCAAGGAGACCGUCGACAAGCUCAAAUCCAUUUUCGGCACACCCGUGUCGAUCUUCCAUCGUCGCUAUCAAUGUCUGCAGACAGCGAAGGACGAGUCAGAGGAUUUGAUCAGCUAUUCCUGCAGAGUCAACCGCGCCUGCGUGGACUUCCAGCUGAAGAAGCUCGACGAGGAACAACUGAAGUGCCUGGUGUUUGUGUGUGGACUUACGGCUGCCAAGGACUCAGACAUCCGUAUGCGUCUGUUGUCCAAGAUCAACGAAUCUCAGGGCAUGACCCUCGAGAAGAUCGUAGAGGAAUGCAAAUCGCUCGCUACUCUCAAGCAGGACACCGUCCUAAUUGGGAGCCAUGCAUCCUCCUCCGUGCAGCUGUCCACAAACGCGGUCCGGACCGAGACGAAGCAGAAGCCCAAGGGGAAGUUCGGAGGCAAGCAGCGCGACAACAUCCCGAAAUCACCGUGCUGGUCGUGCGGCGGAAUGCACUAUAUGGACGAGUGCAAGUUUCGGGAGCACAAGUGCCGGGACUGCAACAGAGUGGGACAUCGCGAAGGCUACUGUUCCUGCUUCUCAGCAAAGAACCGGACCAAGAAGGAGCACAAGUUCCAGCCGAAGCCGCAGCAGAAGCAGCGCUCGAGCAAGAGCGUGACCGUCGGCAGCAUCCAGCAGGGUCGGCGCUACACAACCGUCGGCAUCAACGGCGUGCCGGUGGAGCUUCAACUAGAUUCCGGCUCGGAUAUCACCAUUCUCUCAUAUCAGAACUGGGAGAAAGCUGGACGUCCUCCAACGGUUCCACCGGACUGCUCUGCGAGGGCAGCCUCCGGGGACAAGCUGAACAUCUCUGGGAUGUUUUCGGCUACCAUCAGCAUCGGCGGAGUCCACAAACAAGGCAAGUGCUACGUGAGUGGACCGCAGCUUAACCUCAACGUCCUCGGAGCCGACGCCAUGGACAAGUUCGGCCUCUGGGAUGUUCCACUGUCGUCCAUCUGCAACCUGGUGGCCAGUGCGGACGAAGACGCUGACGUUGCCGAGCUGAAGUCGCGGUUUGCGGACGUGUUCAGCGAUCGCGCUGGUGUCUGCAAGAAGACGCAGGUUCACCUCGACCUGAAGCCAGAUGCGAAGCCUGUGUUCCGGCAAAAGCGGCCUGUGGCGUACUCCAUGGAGGCCAUCGUGGAGGAUGAGCUGCAGCGACUCCAAGAUCUGGGCAUCAUCACCCCGGUCACGUACGCGGAUUGGGCCGCGCCCAUCGUGGUCGUGCGGAAACCGGAUCGCUCUAUCCGGAUCUGUGCCGAUUAUUCGACCGGGCUGAACAACGCUUUGGAGCCGAACAGCCACCCACUACCCCUGCCCGAGGACAUCUUCGCGCGAAUGGCCAACUGCACCAUCUUCGCGAACAUCGAUUUGUCCGACGCAUACUUGCAAGUGGAGGUCGAUGAGGAGAGCCGCAAGCUGCUGGUCAUCAACACCCACAAGGGGUUGUUCCAGUACAACCGCCUGUCUCUCGGGAUCAAGAACGCUCCGGGGGCAUUCCAGAAGAUUAUGGACACGAUGCUGUGCGGACUGCCGCGCACCUGCCCGUACCUGGACGAUAUCAUCGUUGGCGGUCGAACGCGGCAGGAGCUCAAGCAAAAUCUUCAGCAGGUUUUCCAGCGCCUGCAAGAGUACGGGUUCACCGUGAAGCUCAGUAAGUGCCGCUUCUUCAUGAACCAGGUCAAGUACCUUGGCCAGCUGCUGGACGCCGAAGGUAUUCGCCCCGACCCGGAGAAGAUUGCCGCCGUCGUGAACAUGCCAGCUCUUCACGACGUUUCAUCACUCCGGUCGUACCUGGGUGCGAUAAACUAUUAUGGGAAGUUCAUCAAGGAGAUGCGGAGGUUUCGGCAGCCGCUGGACGACCUGCUCCGGAAGGGUGCCAAGUUCGUGUGGUCGGCCGACUGUCAACGCUCAUUCGACCGCUUCAAGGAAAUCCUGCAGUCUCCUCUCUUGCUCACCCACUACAAUCCGCGUUUGGACAUCGUGGUCUCCGCGGACGCAUCCAACGUGGGCAUCGGCGCCCGCAUCGCACACCGCUUCCCGGACGGCACCGAGAAGGCAAUCUACCACGCGUCCAGAAGUCUGACUCCGGCGGAAAAGAAUUACAGCCAGAUCGAAAAGGAAGCCCUCGCUCUGGUGUACGCCGUGACCAAAUUUCACCGGAUGAUCUAUGGACGCAACUUCCUCCUGCAAACGGACCAUAAACCACUUCUCUCGAUUUUUGGUUCGAAGCAAGGAAUACCGGCGUACACUGCUAACCGCCUGCAACGGUGGGCUUUAACGAUGCUUCUCUAUGAUUUCCACAUAGAGCAUAUCGCUACCGAUCACUUUGGGCACGCUGACAUUCUAUCUCGCCUGAUUAAUGCUCAUGUUAAACCGGAUGAAGAUUUUGUUAUUGCGUCGAUAGAGCUUGAGAGGUCGAUCUGCAGCAUUGUGAGCCAGUCUUUGGGAUUCUUGCCGGUCACCUACAAGGUGAUUGCCGCAGAGACUGAGGGAGACGAAACCCUGCAGAAGGUGAAGCACUACGUCAUCCACGGCUGGCCGGAGAACAAGAAAGCUGUCGAAGGCGCAGAAAUCCAGCAGUUCUUCGCUCGUCGUGAGGCACUCAGCAUCGCUCACAAGUGUCUCAUGUAUGGAGAGCGGAUCAUCAUCCCCAAGAAGCUGCAGAAGCGGGUGCUCCAGCAGCUGCACAAGGGCCAUCCGGGCAUCGAGCGAUCGCGGUCGCUGGCGCGGAACUACGUGUAUUGGCCGAACAUCGAUGAUCACAUCUCCAACCUGAUCAAAGCUUGCAACGAGUGUGCUGCGGUGGCCAAAACUGACACGAAAACAGCGCUCUCAUCGUGGCCCAUCCCGGAGCGGCCAUGGCAGAGGCUGCACGUCGACUACGCCGGACCGGUGGACGGAACGUACUUUCUGGUCCUGGUCGACGCCCUCUCGAAGUGGCCGGAAGUGGUUCCAACGCGGCGGAUCACCACGGAGAAGACCCUGGCCAUCCUGCGUAACAUCUUCUCGAGAUUCGGCAUGCCGGAGGUGCUGGUCUCCGACAACGGCCGGCAGUUUUGCAGCGAGCACUUCGAGAGGUACUGUGACGUCAACGGUAUCAUGCACCUCAAGACCGCGCCGUACCACCCGCAGAGCAACGGCCAAGCUGAGAGGUUUGUUGAUACUUUUAAACGUACACUCAAGAAAAUUCAAGCAGGAGGGGAGGAACUAGAAGAAGCGAUCGACACUUUCCUCCAGUGUUACCGGUCCACACCGUGCCGCAGCGCUCCAGAGGGGAAAUCUCCAGCGGAAGUUCUUCUCGGCGGUCGCAUCCGUACCUCGCUCGAGCUGAUGAAACCUCCAAGCAGCUUCUACAAGGACUCCAGUUCCAAGCAAGAUCAGCAGUUCGACCGUAAACACGGUGCCAAGGCGAAGAUCUUCGAGCCCAAAUACGGAGUGUUUGCGAAGGUUCACCACGGCAACGAGUGGAGCUGGGUGCCAGGUGAGGUCGUGGAGCGGAUCGGGACGGUCAUGUACAACGUGUGGUUACCAGACCGUCAGCAGCUGAUCAGAUCCCACAGCAACCAGUUGCGCAAGCGCCACGGUGGUGCUGACGCCACUGAAGCGGAGUCUCAACCAACCAUUCCACUGGAUCUGCUAAUCAACACGUGGGGCAUCAAACCUCCCGGGCCAUCGGAGUCUCCGGAACCGGCGGGUUCACCGGAAGCUUCACUGCCGUACCCGGACAGCCCGCUGACGUAUCCUGAGGAUGAGCAGCUGAACGAGUUGCAGCAGGAGUUUCUCCGCGAGUUGAUGCAGCCGCCCGAGCGACGUCGUCCAAGACGACCCCAAUCGCCAGCUGUUCCUGCGGUGGCUCCUGCCGGACGACCAGUCCGCAACCGGAAAGCGCCGAGUCGCUACGAGCCGUACCAUCUAUACUAAAGGGGGAGGUGUUGGGUGGGCACCCUGCACCACACUCUGCGACAGGGUCGCCCGGACGUCAACAGCUGUCAACACCAGCCAGCGAGCGGAAGCGAGCUUGGCUGUCAUUACUCGCCCGACAGCCGACAGCUACACCACGCGGAAAUAUUUUAAUUUGUAGUUUUACCGUAAUAAAAGUAAUUAGUUUGUUGUAUAG